CUAUAGCCUAUCCUACAGUACUAUAGGCUAUAGGUAUAGCAAGUUCCUACGGGUCGUGCUGCCGCGGAUCUAUCCUCCAAGACUCUCUUCAUUACUCUCCCAGCCUGGGCUUCGUGCAACGGCAGUGGAAUUGCAGUCUACAUAAGCUGCUGCGCACUCAGCCGUAGUGGUAGUAUUGCUUGUUCCUUUGCAGUCUACAUAAGCUGCUGCGCACUCAGCCGUAGAGGUAGUAUUGCUUCUUCCUCUUGCUGCGGACAUAUGUCAAGGCAGUCCAGUGUUCUCCCAAGAAUCCGAGGCGAGGGAAUUGCAAUCUACUGCUUGCCGCUGCAGUGGAAUUGCAGCAAUCUACGUAAGCUGCUACGCACUGGUCGACGUGGUCGUCUUGCUUCUUCCUAACUUAGUCCCGCGGAUCACUCUCUUCAAGACUCUCUCCUGAGUGUACACUCCAAGACUGUCUUCAAUACGCUGCAUGCAAGUCUAUACUCCAAGGCUCUUCAGUACUGUCCAAGGCUGUCCAACUGUCCAAGGCUCUCUUCAAUACUGCCCAAGGCUGUCCAAGGCUCUCGUCAAUACUGUCCAAGGCUGUCCAAGGGCUUCGUGCCUCUGGACUACUAGUAGUGCAUUCUACUUCUUCAUUCUUGCAGCCGUCGACUUAAGGAAGUCACGCUGCUGUGGAACGAUCCCCAACUUCGACAACUUUGAAGACACUCCAAGGCACUCCAAGGCACUCCAAGGCACUCCAAGGCACUCCAAGGCACUCCAAGGCACUCCAGGACUGUAGAAGACUCUCGGAGAGAUUGCAUCACUCUCUAAGGACUCCAACAGACCAAGGGCUUCAAGCUCCCAAGGCUCUAACAACACUCAGUCGCCACGACUCUCCAAGCUUGAGUCACUCUUGAGUGAGAUUGAAAGCUUGAGUCACUCUUGAGUGAGAUUGGGCAAGUGUGUGCAAGUUACAGUGCUGCACGUUAGAUCAUCCGAUUCGGUCCUCCUCUGGCUUUCUUGCUUGUCAGCGAGCUAUUUUUAUAGCAUCCUUCUCUGAUUCUUCUGAGUAUACAGCGUGUGUUCCUCCCUUUCUACACUACACGUAGGUAGAGGUGGGCUUCGAAGCUUCGUCACAGGUGCGUGGGUGUUAUAAUCUCCAUUUCUCUUGGUCUUGCUUCGCUCUCUCCCUUUCUCUUCUUCCUGCUUCUCAGAGUCUUUCUCGUCCGUCAUUCUUUCGUAGUCGUACGUGGGUGGGACGUCUCUCUCUCUCUCUCUCAUAUUUACCGAAGUACGUCGGUAUCGUCUCUCCUUCUCAGGGUUCUCACUUCGCUCUCCUCGUAGUCCCGGCUCCUUUGCCUCCAACCAACGUUCGCGUGUACGUGGCAUUUGUCGUUGACGUCAUUUCUUUCCUUAUCUUGUUACCGUCUGUUCGUCACGUGGCCCUUAUUGCGUUGGCGUCUCCCACGAAGUCUGGUGCUUCACCUUGACGUUAGUCAUAAUUCAUUGACGUCAACUUGUAUACCUGUGGACGGCACCUUAGCCAGGGCAGGACAGCUAUCCUUCAAUCCCUGCGCUUCCCCCCCUCCCUGGAAUCUGCCGUGCACACACACACACACAGAGAGAGAGAGAGAGAGAGAGAGAGAGAGAGGAAGAAUGGGCAGUGGUGGAGGAGAGAGAGUGUCUUGGAGGCUCUCUGUGUGCUUGGCUUACGUGCUGAUGGUGAUUGUAGGGGUGCCAACAGUCAGGACAGCGUACCAUAUCCGGACACGCGACUUCGUCAAGAUACAGUCGAUUAGAUAUGGUGGGUCGGGAUGUCCCCCCGGCUCUGUGUCUGGGGGCAUCAGUUCGAGAGGGAGGAUGUUCACCCUGCUCAUGUCUCGGUUCGUUGCAUCAGCCGGUCCUGGCGCGGCGUUGGCUGAUGCGAGAAAGAACUGCCAGCUGGACAUUCGCCUAAGUUUUCCCGCCGGUUGGUCUUAUACGGUUACCGCCAUCAGCUACAGAGGAUACGGCAGGCUAGAUCCUGGAGUGAUCGGUGUCCAGAAAACUUCACUGUUCUUUCAGGGAAGAUUCGGUCAGGAUCGGACAGCGAUGACUCAAUUCAGAGGACCGAUGGACAAUAACUACGCCAUCAGGGAUAGAGCACUGAUAGGAGGAGGACACGUGGCAUGGAGCGGUUGUGGGGGAGUCACUGCGCGCCGAAACCUGGAGGUCAACUCCGAGGUCCGCGUGAACACCGCACUGGCCACAUCAGGCGGGAAGUCGGGACUGAUGGCGGUCGACGACGUGACAGGGAGCUUUGCCACCAUCCUGCACUUGACUUGGCAGCGAUGCAAACGACACCACAGAGGAGGCAAAAUAAAGGGAGGCAAGAAGUCUAUUAAGGUCUCAAGAUCGAGACCCCAUAGCCACCACCAAGGAUGGAGACAUAGGGGAGAGCAGAACUCAUCAUCAUCCUAUUACUGUUUGCAUUCUGGCAAUACCUCUUCAACUCACCCUCCUCACAACCACCCUCCUGCUCAUCCUCAUAAGUGUGCAGGUCAUGUCCAUCUCCUGCAUGAUACAACUGAUGAUGUACUUCCUAGUGGCAGGACUACUGCAUCUUCUUCUUCUUCUUCUUCUUCUUCUCCUCUUUCUUCUUCAGUGCCUGUAGCUAUGGUGAAGGACGAGUCGCGUCCUUCUCCUCAAAAAGGGAUCGCUCACUCUGGACCGAAGAAUGUGACCAUCAAGAAAAUCAGCUAUGGUGGAUCUGGGUGUCCAGCGGGCUCGGUUGCAGGUAGUAUCUCGUCGGAUAUGGCGGUCUUCACUCUCCUCUUCUCCGGCUUCGUCACUUCUGUUGGGCCUCAUGUCAACGUACGGGAGUCGCGCAAGAACUGUCAAUUGGACGUGGAGCUUGCUGUACCUAGUGGUUGGACUUACGCCCUCGUGUCAGUCAGCUACCGGGGGUAUGUGAGUCUAGGCAAGAAGGUUAAGGGGUACCAGACGACCACCUUCUACUUCCAAGGUGAGACCGGGAGCGACCGGUCCGCGUCCACCGUCUUCCCUGGGCCGUACACUGGUAACUACGCCAUCAACGACCGGACGUUCCUCGGCACUAAGGUCUAUGCUCCUUGUGGCGCCACCAGGAACCUCGAGAUCAACUCCCAGACACGCGUGGACAAUUCCGCUAACGACAAAGCGGCAGGCAUUUUGACCGUUGAUUCGGUUGAUGGCAGCUUCAAGACCAUUUUCAACCUUCGGUGGAAGAAGUGUUCCUCCUCCUAGUGAUUCAAAAAGAAAAAAGAAAAGGAAAACAAGUCGUUACUCUCCCUCCACUGACCUCCAGUGAGAUAGGGCCUUGCUU